GUUCCACGCAUUACCACCCAUGUAAUGGCGAUUGCCGGCGGAAUAACUGCCAGCGGUGAUGGCCGCCUUCUACCCGAUUCGGGUUAUAGGUCAUCUCCGAAGUUCCCGAUGAGUGUGGAAGCCCAUCUCCCUAUCUCGUUGUUCACUUGUCCAUUGCAACCAGCAACAUGGACAGCAAGGAACCGAUUCAAGUCGGUCUCGAGCAAGGUCUACCGCUUACGAGGGCGGAGCCUAGCGAGCGAGGCCGAUCGAACAAGAUGACCAAGGGGCUGCUUGCUCUCGCAUCCCUUCUUUUCCUCGGUUGGGUUUGGAACUCUGUCGAAGGACAUUCAUACGUCCCUUCUCUCUGGAAUGAAGAGUCAGACUACCGAUUCGAAUCGGUAGCUGAGCCAUCUACGUGGAAACACAAGCAUCACAGCCAUGGCAAGCACAAGCACAAGGGGAAGCACGGAAAACAUGGCAAACAUGGCAAGCAUGGUCAUGGCCACGAUGGAAAGCAUAAGCACGGGGGUUGCCAUUCCCCACGGGACUCUUUCCCAGCCAAGAAGGUCGAGGAGGUUUUCCUCUCCGUUCCUCGGAAUGACUCAAUCCGAAAUGCUCUUCGGCGAUACACCAAAGCUGCCCACAUUGCUGGCAAUGGCCAAGACAAGCUCGACGCUCUGAAUCUUAAAAACGAGUGGGAGAGACUGCUAGGAGUGCCUGUCUCAGGACCCGAAGAGAAGCUGUACGAUGCGGGAAGUGAAGAAAGUCAGCAGAGUGUGCGAGGAGGAAUGGACAAGUUGGACGUCUGGGUGGACACUUACUACCCCAUCAUGACGUAUCCUGUCACCUCUUCCGUCACUUUGCUCUCGGAUCCACCUUUCAAAGCCAAACUUCAGGAAGACAUCGUCGAAGGUGAUCCCGACUCGAUUCUGCGUGAUGAAGUCAGGCCAUUCCACGGUUAUUCCGUCAGCGGAGACGUCCAAGCUCCGAUCGUCUACGUGGGAUACGGACGCAAGGCUGACUUUGAUCUCCUUGCCGAGAAGGGGAUCGACAUGAAUGGCAAGAUUGCUCUGGUCAAAUACGAGCAUGUUUUCCGAGGUCUCAAGGUCAAGGCCGCUCAAGAAGCCGGCGCUAUCGGUUGCAUCAUCUUCACGGACCCUGGUGAUGAUGGAGAAAUCACCGUCGAGAACGGCUAUGAAAUCUACCCCGAGGGUCCGGCAAGACAGCCCUCUAGUGUUCAGCGUGGAAGUGUACAGUUCCUCUCGAAGUACCCUGGAGACCCGUCGACUCCUGGAGAGCCGGCUUAUGCCAAUGCGACUCGAGUCGAAGGAGGAAAUCAACCCUCCAUCCCCUCCCUCCCUAUCUCUUACGAAGAUGCUAUUCCCCUUCUUCAGAGCAUGAAAGGUCAUGGUAUGCUUGCUAAGGACGUCAGAGCCGACUGGGUCGGAGGACUUGAAUUCCACGGGGUAGAGUACUGGACAGGACCUAGCGAGGUCGAUGUACACCUUGUGAACGAGGUCAACACGCGCGUCAAUCCUAUAUGGAAUACGAUGGCGACAAUCCCUGGUAUGAUACACGAUGAAGUCAUCAUCUUUGGAAAUCACCGAGAUGCAUGGGUCCUUGGUGCCGUCGAUCCUAAUUCCGGUACUGCAGUUCAGUACGAGAUGAUCAAAGGUAUCGGCAAACUUUUAGAACAAGGAUGGAAACCUCUCCGAACCAUCGUGUUUGCCAGCUGGGAUGCCGAAGAAUAUGGACUGGUUGGAAGUACGGAGUGGACCGAAGACUUUGGUGAUUGGCUCAAGACAGAUGCUGCUGCGUACCUCAAUCUCGACUCUGCGGCUUCAGGACCACUUCCUGGUGUCUCUGCAUCUCCGUCUCUCGCGUGGCUUUUCAAAGACGCUGCGUCGGAGGUCCUGGGCAAACAAUUCUUCACUACAUCUACUGAGAACAAUGCCACCGUCGGCUGGAAAGCUUGGCGAGAAGCCAAAUUCGGUGCAGACGAAGAAGAUUUCGAGAGCAUGUUCGGCAGCGAUACUGGAGUAACGCCGAUGGGAUCUGGCUCAGACUUCACUGCAUUCCUCCAACGCUACGGCAUUGCUUGUGCGAACGCCGGAUUCGUUGGCGGCCCUUCCGACCCUCCUUAUCACUACCACUCAAUCUAUGAUUCGUUCCACUGGAUGGACAACUUUGGAGAUCCAGGAUUCAAGUCGCAUCUGUAUGCUGCCAAGAUCAAUGGAUUGGCGCUCUUGCGUCUCGCCGAUUCGCACAUUCUCCCAUUGAACACAACCCAGUACGCGUUUGAUAUGGAGCGAUAUCUCGCCAAGGUCCAGCACAUUGCCGAGUUUGCUGGCGUCGCCGAGGUGCUUCGACUUGAGCCGCUCAAGAAAGCCAUCAAAGACGUCAAAUCUGCAUCAAUGGAUCUCGACAUGCAGCGUGAGAGGGCCCUUAAGAAGAUGAACGACCUCGUCCCGGACCUUGUAGAACGAGGCGCUCGAGUCUGUGUUCCAGGUAAUGGCCACAAUGGUUGGCAGAGCUGGGCGAGAUGGAUCAAAUUCCAUCUCGGAGGAAGACGAGCAGGAUGCCACAAGGGUAGGAAGGAUCACGAAGACCAUUCCGGGGACGAUUCUGAACCUCGGCUGCCUUCUCGUCUUCCCGUCAUCGACGACAAGACUGUCAAGGCCUUGGGAGCCAUUGCGAAGGACAUCAGGGUGAUCAACAAGAAGUUGCAGUACUUUGAAGGUGGUUUCAUCUCCGAGGAAGGCAUUAAGGAACGAGAAUGGUACAAGCACAAGGGUGUUGCACCAGGUCUCUGGCUCGGAUACGGAGCCACCACCUUCCCCGCUUUGACCGAAGCUCUAACCAUUGAUCACUCUGUCGAACUCGCUCAGGCGGAAGCGGACGAACUCACCGAGAUGAUCACCAACAUGGCCAAAAACCUAAGGGCAUGAAGAGCGGACACUAGAACGUCAGCAGAGAUCCCUGAAAGGACGCUUUUGUCGAUCUGGGUAGCGUGAGGAGCGCAAUCUGAAGCGUAGCAU